AUGACUGCACCGCUCCCUCCGUUGAAGCAAGCGACACCCUACAAGCUCAAUACCACCCCCCUGGUUGAUAGCGAAAGUCCUCUUCCAACAGAGCCCCCAACGCACCCACAGCCACCGUCAAUACUCUUUGACAACAGCCAACCCGCAGACAAGACACCCUCAAGGCUCAGUGGUGUUAAAAUCUCGAAAGGCGCCGGACAACCAUCUAACACAGCAGCAACUACCCUAAUCACAAAACUAGCCACCCUUCUAGCAGUCGACGAAGAAACUAUCGACCCAUCAGCAACACUCGCAUCUGUGCGCAGUGGAUGCUUGCUCCUCGAGCUGGUCCCGUGGAGGUGGCUUGACACCAGGAAUCAUUUUGUUAGCGUUAUGGAUACAAUGGUGUGGUCGCGCACUCAGGCGUUAGCCGAAUUCCCUGUCUUCCUUCUUAUCGACGUCGACGAGAGCCAGGCACUAUCCGCUCCAAAGUAUGGAUGUUUGGCAACAUCUCACCACGCUCACACUUAA